ACUAAUCUGAGUCUGUCGUCUGUCUGUGUGAGAGUGAACAACCGUCCAAAUGGCUCAGCAGGGAGUUCUGCUGGACCAGGACCAGUUCUGUUGUUCUGUCUGUCUGGAUCUACUGAAGGAGCCGGUCACUACUGCCUGUGGACACAAUUACUGUAGAAUCUGUAUUGAGGGCUGCUGGGAUCAGGAUGUUCUGAAAGGGGUCUAUAGCUGUCCUCAGUGCAGACAGACCUUCACUCCAAGGCCCACUCUGAGGAAAAAUAACAUGUUGGCUGAGCUGGUGGAGAAACUGAAGAAGACAGGACUCCAGGCUGCUCCCCCUCAUGCUCUGUGCUAUGCUGGACCUGGAGAUGUGGCGUGUGAUUUCUGCACUGGGACCAGAAAGCAGAAAUCCCUCAUGUCCUGUCUGGCGUGUCUGGCCUCUUACUGUGAGACUCACCUCCGACCUCACUAUGAAUCUCCUGCUUUCAAGAAGCACAAGUUGGUCAAAGCCACCGGACAACUACAGAAGAAGAUCUGCUCUCAUCAUGACAAACUGCUGGAGGUUUACUGUCGUACCGAUCAGCAGUGUAUCUGUUAUCUGUGUACAAUGGAUGAACAUAAAGGCCAUGAUACAGUGUCAGCUGCAGCAGAGAGGACUGAGAAACAGAGGCAGCUGGUGAUGAGUCAGCAGAAGAUCCAGCAGAGAUUCCAGGAGAGAGAGAAGGAGCUGAAGGAGCUCCAACAGGCUGUGGAGUCUUUCAAGCGCUCUGCACAGUCAGCAAUGGAGGACAGUGAUCAGAUCUUUACUGAGCUGAUCCGCUCCAUUGAGAGAAGGCGCUCUGAGGUGAAGGAGCUGAUCAGAGCCCAAGAGAAGACUCAAGUGAGUCAAGCUGAAGGACUCCUGGAGCAACUGAAGCAGGAGAUAGCUGAGCUGAGGAAGAGAAGCACUGAGCUGGAGCAGCUCUCACACACAGAGGAUCACAUCCAUUUCCUCCAGAGUUAUCAGUCUCUCUCCAGUAUCAGUGUAUCUUCAGACUUACCCAGCAUCGUUGUCCGUCCUCUUCAGUACUUUGGAGAUGUGAGUAAGACUGUGUCUGAACUGAGAGAGAAACUAGAAGACUUCCUUAAAGGAGAAUGGACCAAGAUCUCCACUACAGUGAAUAUAGUGGAUGUUGUACUGCCUCCAGAGCCCAAGACCAGAGAACAGUUGUUACAAUAUUCCUGUCAGCUCACACUGGACCCAAACACAGCACACACACACCUCUCUCUGUCUAAAGGGAACAAAAAGGUUGUUCUCAGGCAGUUGUGAAGCAAGUCCAUCUUUACCUUUUCUCUUUCAUCACAUUGUCUGAUAUGCUUCUCCAAGGUCCUUUUAGCAUAUGUGUCUGCAUGUCCUCAAAAGAACACACAGUGUCUGCACUUCCUGUAGGCAAAGCCCACACCCUCUGAACCCUGCUAGUUCAUGUUGUGUCAGGGUGUCUCCACAGAGAGAGACCAUGUCACCAUAUAUCAUUUUCUCUCCGUUAAUAGUUAGCAUUUUAACCCCACUGUACAAUGCAUCCAUAUCUUCAUAGAUUCUAUUCAAUAUUCCAUCUCCACCAGAUUGACGGAGGUCUGCUGAUCUAGCCACGGCAGGUAGCCUGAUAGCAGCCAGUUUAGACCUGCAUUUUGAAUGUAUAUUUCCUAGGGUGUAGUACACCAUUAACAAGUUGUUUUUUAAUGCAAAGGAUCCUAGUGGAUUCCAGAUGUCUAUUUGAUCCGUGUACAGAACAAUCUGCUUUCAGUUUCUCUGAAAAUAAGGGAUGUGACUUUAGAAGAGCGCCGUCAACAAUGUCAUGAAAACAACAAUGCAGAUAGUCCGGGUUGAUUUCCUGUUCAGGAGUCUUAUGGCUUGGGGGUAAAAACUGUUCAGAAGCCUUUUGGUCCUAGACUUGGUGCUCCGGUACCGCUUGCCAUGCAGUAGUAGAGAGAACAGUCUGGCUGGGGUCUUUGACAAUUUUUAGGGCCUUCCUCUGACACCGCCUGGUGUAGAGGUCCUGCUGGCAGGAAGCUUGGCCCCAGUGAUGUACUGGGCUGUUCGCACUACCAUCUGUAGUGCCUUGCAGUCAGAUGCCGAGCAGUUGCCAUACCAGGCAGUGGCGCAACCAGUCAGGAUGCUCUCGAUGGUGCAGCUGUAGAACCUUUUGAGGAUCUGAGGACCCAUGCCAAAUGUUUUUUUGUUUCCUGAGGGGGAAUAGGAAAGACUCAAUCAUGGACACUCUUACUGACAGUUGUGGCUGCUUUGUGUGAUGUAUUGUUGUCUCUACCUUCUUGCCCUUUGUGCUGUUGUUUGUGCCCAGUAAUGCUUGUACCAUGUUUUGUGCUGCUACCAUGUUGUUUUGCUGCUAUGUUGUUGUUAUGUUGCUACCAUGCUGUGUUGUAAUGUGUUGCUGCCUUGCUAUGUCGUUGUCUAAGGUCUCUCUUUAUGUAGUGUUGUCUCUCUUGUUGUGAUGUGUGUUUUGUCCUAUAUUUAUAAUGUAUUUAUUUAUUUAUUUAAAUCCCAGGCCCCUGUCCCAGCAAGAAGCAUUUUACCUUUUGGAAGGCCGUCCUUGUAAAUAAGAAUUUGUUCUUAAUAACUGACUUGCCUAGUUAAAUUAAGGUUAAAUAAAAUGAAUUGCACAUACAAAAGUGGGACAUUGUUAUUUCCUCCAGACUACUACCGUAUUAAAGUGUAAUUUUAUGUUAUUCCCUCCAGACUACUACCGUAUUAAUGUGUAAUUUUAUGUUA